AUGUCAUUAACAAAACCAGCGAAAAGUUCAGUCACCAAACAACGGGCACACCGCAAACGUUCUAAUGUUUUUGCCAUGUUCGACCAGGUACAGAUACAAGAUUUCCAGAGAACUUUCAACUUGAUCGACCAAAACAAUGACGGAUUUAUCGAUAAAAAAGAUUUGUACGACAUGCUGGUCUCUCUCGGAAAAAACCCCGAUGACGAUCAUUUGGUGGGUAUGAUAAAUGAUGCUUCCGGUCCGAUUAAUUUUCCCAUUUUUCUGACGUUGUUUAACGAAAGACUCCGUAGUACGGAUCCGGAAGAUGUCAUCAAAAAUGCUUUUAGCUGUUUUGAUGAAAACGGCGAAGGCAGUGUUGAUAUUGACCGGCUACGUGAGCUAUUGGUUACGAUGGGAGACAGAUUUACAGACGAAGACGUCGACGAGAUAUUUAGUGAAGCUCCUUUUUCAGAAGGGAAAUUAAAUUAUAUUGAAUUCAUACGUAUUUUGAAGCACGGAACAAAAGAUAUCGAUGAUGUUAUAUAA